AUGGUUCACUUUUGUGCUUUUUUUGCAUGCUCGAAUCGAUGUAAUAGAGAAAAGAAUAGACGGUUUUUUCACCUACCUGCUGUCAAAAGUAAUGUGAAUGUGAACAAGAAGCAACUUCAACUUGAAAGGCAAAAGGAAUGGCUUCGAAGAAUUCGCAGGGAAGAUCUUACGCCAGAAAAGUUUGCGAAUGCUCAUAGAAACACAGAACGAUCGUCUCGCUACCAAGGGAUAAUUGAAAAGAAGAGAAGAUCUGAAACUGCUAAUGCCCUUAUAGCAAUGUCAAGCGAGCAGCCCAAUGAGGUUGUUGAUAAAAUGGACACCUCUGAACCAAAGGCAAAUGAAAUGUCAUCACAGACUGAUAAAACUGUUAAUGAGCUGAGGUUACUUGAAGAUGAGGUGGAUUUUCUAAGGAAGGAAAAUUCUGAUUUAAAGAAAAAAUUAUUGCAAAAGGAACUAAAUGAGGUUGCAUUUAAAGAUGAUGAUGAAAAGAUACCAGCUUUUACUAAAGGAAAAAAGCAAAUAAGCGGGAUUGAGGUGGAGCAAACUAGGAAGAUUGCUAAUAGGCAAUAG